CUUAAAGAUCAACCUUUGUAACUUUGAGUUGACUUUUUCGGAACAAUUGUUGUUUUCAAUAGAAAUUAGCAGUAAGUUGUAGGUUCUUGUAGAUUAAAGUAGCUCAUUACUAUUACAACAUUUUUAACUACCAAAUAGUAAUAGAAGAAGUAAAAACGCCACGUAAAAAAUUGAAUAUUUGAAUAUUAAGAAUGAUCAAAAACAAUAAAGUGCUUAAUACAGGGAAGCUGAAAGGCAAAACUCUAUUCAUAACUGGUGCAUCACGUGGAAUUGGAAAGGCAAUAGCUCUCAAAGCUGCUGCUGAUGGCGCUAACAUUGUGAUUGCUGCUAAAACUGCAGAACCGCAUCCAAAACUUCCAGGAACGAUUUACACAGCAGCUAAAGAAAUUGAAGCAGCAGGUGGUAAAGCACUUCCAUGCAUUGUUGAUGUCCGUGAUGAGCUUCAAGUACGACAAGCCGUUCAAAAAGCCGUCGAAACUUUUGGUGGAAUUGACAUUGUUGUCAAUAAUGCAUCAGCAAUCAGUUUAACACCAACAGAUAAGACUGAUAUGAAGAGAUUCGACUUGAUGCAUCAAGUUAAUGUUCGUGGAACAUUUUUGGUUUCAAAGGAAUGCUUGCCGUACUUGAAAAAGGCUGAUAAUGCACAUAUUUUAAACUUAUCUCCUCCACUGUACAUGAAACCACACUGGUUCUCAAGUCACGUUGCUUAUACUAUGUCCAAAUACGGAAUGUCAAUGUGCGUUCUUGGAAUGGCUGAAGAGUUUAAAAGCUUUGAUAUUGCUGUGAAUGCAUUGUGGCCAAAGGUGGCGAUUUCAACAGCUGCGAUGGAUAUGCUUCAAGGAAAAGAUAGUUCAGAUUUCACCAGAAGUACUGAUAUUAUGGCUGAUUCUGCAUAUUACAUUCUUACAAGAGGCUCACAAUGUACCGGAAACUUUUUCAUUGAUGAAAAACUUUUAAAGCAAGUAGGAGUGACCAACUUUGUAAACUAUGCAUGUAAACCAGAAAAUGCUGAUUCACUCUAUCCAGAUUUUUUUGUUGAAGAAGAUGAUGCAGUUUAUGCAAAACUUUAAAAGUUUAUUUUUGGGGAACCUCCAAUUUAAAUUUAGAGAAUGAAACUUGAUUAAACUGUUUUAAUGAAAGACUUUUUAUAAAAAUUUCCUAAAAAAAUAAUAAAAUUCUACAUUUAUAA